GGCCCCGCCUCACAGGCCGCCUCGCCCGACAGACCCGCGAGCCUGGAGAGCGGGCCCGGCCUCCUUGGGCUCCGUGGCGACAGUGUCACCUUGCGCAAGCCUUGCCAGCUGGGCCUCAGUUUUCCUAUCCGCACCGGGGAGUCCGAGUGGGAAGUGAAUUAAUGAGCUGAAUAGCCGGGUCCCAGCUCUCACAGCGUUUUGGCCAUGAACUCCGGAGGGAGGAAGCUGGAAGCAGCAGGACCCAGGGGUGGAAGGGCUCACAGAUCCCGGGAACAGGACCGAGAUGUGCAACUGUCCAAGGCGCUGUCCUAUGUCCUGCGCCAUGGGGCCCUGAAGCUGGGGCUUCCCAUGGGGCCUGGUGGCUUCGUGCCCCUGGGCGCCCUCCUGCAGCUGCCCCAGUUCCGCAGCUUCUCAGCUGAAGAUGUGCAGCGUGUGGUGGACACCAAUGGGAAGCAGCGGUUUGCCCUGCAGCCAGGGGACCCCAGCACCGGCCCGCUCAUCCGGGCCAAUCAGGGUCACUCCCUGCAGGUACCUGAGUUGGAGCUGAUGCCCCUGGAGACACCACAGGACCUGCCCCCGAUCCUUGUUCAUGGCACAUUCUGGCAGCACUGGCCCUCCAUCCUGCUCAAGGGCCUGUCCUGCCGGGGAAGGACGCACAUCCACCUAGCCACAGGACUUCCUGGGCACCCUGGUGUCAUCAGUGGCAUGCGGCCAAACUGUGAAGUGGCUGUGUUCGUCGAUGGGCCCCUGGCCCUGGCAGAUGGAAUUCCCUUCUUCCGCUCUGCCAAUGGGGUGAUUUUGACUCCAGGAAAUGCUGAUGGCUUCCUGCUUCCCAAGUACUUCAAGGAGGCCCUGCAGCUGCGCCCUACCCGAAAACCUCUUUCCUUGGCUGGUAAUGAAGAGGCAGAGUGUCAGAGUGGCCCCAAGCACAGCUCCAGAGGAAAAAGGAUAAUCUGACAAUAAAAUAUUUAUUUUAAAAAAGAAAUGUAAAAAGAAAAAAAA